AUGACUGCCAAAUUCCUCGCCCUGACUGUCUUCGCAGCAACCUUCUUUGGCCCAGCUGCAGUCUAUCCUGCUGAAGGAACUCAGCCCGCCGACAUGAAGUACGUUGGCUACAACAUGCCUUCUGAAAAGGUAGGCGGCUGCAAGACUGAGGACGACUGGAACAAUGAGUUCCAGAUACUUACCGGAUGGCCCAUCCAUCCACCAGAAAGGACGCUGUCUGUACGCAUUUAUUCCACCAGUGGAUGUAGCGCUCUUGAACGCAUACAGAACCCUGCAAAAAAUCAUGGUAUCAAGAUCUUCGCCACUCUUUGGAUCGACAAAGACGAUAACGGACCAUUCGAUCGAGACUUGGCCGCACUGCGCACUUUCUUGCAGAAGGACCCAGCAAACUGUGCAUUGCUCUCUGCUGUCAGUGCCGGCUCGGAAGAUGGCCUUCGAAAUGUCUCGAUGUCCACUGUGGCAGACAGGAUGAAGACGACGAAGAGUUUGCUGGAUGAAUUCCAGUGCGGCGCGCCUCUCACUCACGUGGACGUCUUCCCUGUCUACCUCGACGAUGCUGCCUACGUCGGCGACACUUUCUACCAAGUGGUUGCUGAUCUCUCAGAUGUCCUUGCUGUGGAUGGCUAUCCUUACUUUGACGACGUGACUGACACGGUCGAAGCCGCCGUGGCCCGUGCCAAGGAGAAGUUUGAUGAGGUCCAAAACAAGUACUCGACCAAGACCCUUUGGGUGACGGAGACAGGUUGGCCUACCAACGACGACAAGCAUCACCGGACAGAAGCUUCUGUGGGCAAUCUUCGCGAGUAUUGGCAGCGUAUGGUUUGUGGUGAUGGCCCACUCACGAAGUAUGCCUCUUACUUCUGGUUCUCUGCCUUCGACAACCCUGUGAGGACGGAAGUUGUUGAGAAAAACUUUGGCCUGGCCACUGCUGACAUGCAGCUGAAAUUCCCCCUCGAUUGCCCCAGCAACUGA